UCACCCUCCAUCCAUCGUCGACAGACGAAUGGCCUCGCAGCCGUCGUCGGCAAUGCCAGGCGUAAGUGAAGGCCCGCGAGAGGAGACGGCGUCGUUCCUCGGCGCUUGGUUCGAUGGGAUCGCGGCACCAGGCUCCCAGCGUACCGGAAGUGCUGUUGAAACAGAGACGGAUGGUGGAGAUUCGAGCAAAGGGGACGGGAAAGGGGCACCAGAAGCUGGCCGCUCUGUGCAGCAAGAGGUCCGUGGCAUUGGCCGAAAGGAGACGGAGGAGGAAGAGGUCGCACGGCUGCUCACCUACCACGGCGAGAUCCGGCGGGCCGAGGCAAAGAAUGCCAACAUCCAAUCGACGCUGCGCCAGGCAACGCUCGCGGCGGGCGAGGCUUGCACCGAGGUCGAAGAGCUGCUCAAGUGCCUUGAGGCUGCUCGCUCGUUUCUAAAGGGCGACAGCGAGCCAAACGUUUUCGAAUUUGCCAGGACCAAGGUCAAGCUGCCGCUGUUUGCGGACAUCUACAACCGAAUCCCGCUUCUCGCCUAUCAAGAUCAGGAAAUCGAGGAACUGAGAGCCCUCACGUCCACGACCCCUGGGUGGGGCAAUGACGAGGUGUCGCAGCUGCGCGAGGCUGUAAAGAAGGAGUGUGGCCGUGUUGCCGCCCGUCGCUUGGCUGCAUCAGGACGCUGUUCCGACCCCCUGUCGGCCUUGUCUACGUUGGACGAAGAAGAUCUGCUCAUUGUCUCGUACCCAAGGCGUCUAGACGCCGACGAGUUGGAGGAUGAAGAAAUCGACUGGGACUUUGUCGCUCGAGAGCUACAGUACAGGUUCAAUGCCGAGCAGUGCCGAACCCGAUGGCUCCAGUACGAUGCCCCCAACGCGACCAAUGGCCGGGACUGGACUGAUGAAGAGCUCAAGAGAUUGCUCGAAGCCGUCAAGAUGCUUGGCGAUGCCGACUGGGAAGCCGUCGCUGAAAAAUUGAGCGCUAAAGGAGAGCAGUGGAAAAGGAGCGCCAUGGCCUGCUUCUGUGCCUAUCAAAGUCACGACGACAAUCCUGCCAACCGUGACCAGGCGCCGGUCGAGUGGUCGACGGCCGAGGAUGUCAAGCUGCUUCUACUCGAUCGUAUCUGGGACCGCCGCGGUGAAAUUGUCGCAGAAAAGCUUGGUACCUCUCGAAGCCAGGUGCAGGUCAACAGUCACAUUCGAGUCUAUGAUAGGAUUCGCGCUAGAGAGGACGACGCGACAGUGUCGGAGCUCGAAGAGGCGGCGUCGGAUCCUGCAGCAAAGAAGAGGAUGAGGAGGGCUGCUCGCUCCGGCAAGAGGGAGAGCCUCCAGGUCACCAAAAAGGCAAAGACGCAAGAGACAGGCAGGAAUUCCAGAUGGUCGGCAGCAGAUGAGGAAAUGAUCGUGACUAUUCUCGAGAGGACCGGCAGGAUCAAGGAGGUGGCGAAGCACUUUUCAGGCAGAAGCAGGACAUCUUGCGCCAUGAAGUGGCAUAGUCUCAAGACGAAGGCGGUCGAAAACGAGAGGGAGAUCAAUCCUCCCAAGACUAUGGCCGUGAAACCCUUGCGUAAAGAGCUGAGGGCGAGGAUUCUUUCACUGAUCGAUGCUAUGAGCCACGAUGUCUCAGCUGAUCCUGAAGGCGAAGAAAGAGAAGGAGAAGACCAAGAAGGCCUGCGGGACGACGAGAACGUAGAGGAGCAGGUGCAAGACUGACAAAGUAAGAUGUAUUAUUGAUCUAUCAUGUGUAAAGUAUCAAUCUAUCGAG